AUAGUAACUUUCGCCGCGGGGUUGCGAGGAGGAAAAGAGGAGGAGGACACACUCUCCAGCUCUUGGGCCGUCCCGGAGGGCUUCCGCGGAACACGCGGCCUCCAAGCCACAAUUCCACGCAUUACGUCGCGCGCCGCCGACCGCGACUGACGUUUCGUUGUUAUACACUCUUCUCAAAUUUAUUUUAUCGAUUCAACUUUCAUUGAUCGUAAAUCAAACAUAAAAUCCUGUUUCCAAAAAAAAAGUGUUAAAAGAAAAAAAUUCAAAAUAGUGUCAAAAAUUAUACUAAGUGUUCAAAAAAAAAAAAGUGAAAAUUUUUUUUAUUUAAAAGAAACGUAAUUGAAACAAAAAAAUUAAGUGUUAUUAUAAUUAUUAUGGAACAGGUAAAUAAUUUUUUAUUCCCGUGAAAGAUGUGUUAGUGUUGAUUUUUUUUUCAAAAUGAAAGUUCUACUAGGUAAAGUGAAUGAGAAAUAUAAGUGAAUUGAAAAUAGAAAAAAAAAAUAGUGUAAAAAAAAAAGAGAGGACGUCGGUUGUCUUUGCAAAAAGGAAUCACGACGUCACGUAAGGAAGAUUUAUUGAAAUUGGAGCAGCGGGGGCGGCAUUUGACCGAUGGGAUGCAUCUCCCGGUAGGAUCAGUGAGCUGUGGGGAGAAUUUUGGUUCCGUUGGUACCCACGAGUGUGCCGGGCCAAUUGGAUCUUCAUUGGUCCCUCUUCAGGGGUUGAACUCGAGGUACCAAGAAGAAGGUGGAGGAGGAGGUGGUGGUGGUGGAGGCGAAAUGAGUGAAGGUGCCGCCGUCGGCGAGCUCUGGUGGACCGAAAGACUCGUUGGCGAGGCCCAAGCCGAACAUCCUGGCGAACUUGUUAGAACAGGUUCUCCCUAUUUUUUAUGUACUCAACUUCCAAAUCAUUGGAGAUCAAAUAAAACACUACCAAUGGCAUUUAAAGUCGUUGCACUUGGAGAAGUUGGCGAUGGUACUUUAGUCACUAUUCGAGCAGGUAAUGACGAAAAUUGUUGUGCCGAAUUAAGAAAUGCAACUGCUCAUAUGAAAAAUCAAGUGGCCAAGUUCAAUGACCUCAGGUUCGUUGGCAGAAGUGGAAGGGGAAAAAGUUUCAGCAUAACGAUAACAGUGUCGACAACACCACCUCAAGUAGCAACCUAUACUCGUGCAAUCAAAGUUACUGUCGAUGGACCACGAGAGCCACGAUCCAAGACGAGACAGCAACAUCAACAAUUUCGCGCUUUAGGUUUGGGACAACGACCAUUUCUCGAUGGCCCAACGUCAUUUACAUCCCACCUUCGUGAAUUAGAAUCAUAUCGAAGAAACAAACAUCACCAUCAUCAUACGACCCAUAUACAUAGUCAACAAACCGGGAAUGGAGCUUCGAGUACCGGAAAUGGCUCAUGCAACAACCCCAAUACCAUAAACCGAACAACGUCACCCUCCUCUGGUGUUCACCUAGCGACGACAGAGGGAUCAUCAGCGCAUCAGGAUUGCUACAAACAUAGUCCUCAACAUGGGGACACAAGUACAAGUACAACAGAUUGGUCAUAUACGGCAACCGCACCAUCUUAUCCAGCACCACCAGGAAGUGGUGGUUCCUAUUCACCAAUUCCAGGUGGGGCAUUUUCAUACCCUGGGGAGUCUCUAGCACAUCACCCUACCACAGAACCAGUACCUUUACCCACUGUUCUUCCAUCAGAUGGUCAGCAGGACGCUUACACUCCAAACUGCGUGACCAUGUACCCUAGUCAUGGAGCUACAACAAAUACAAUACCCCUAGUUUCUGGAAAGCCUAGUGAUCCUGAAAUUUUUGCUAGUGGAGGAACCGGAAGUACAAGUCCAGGUUAUCACUAUGGUUCAUGGACUGCUGGUCCAACAACUCCUGUUCCAGUACCAUCUCACAAUUAUAAUCCCAAUUAUCAAGGCUAUUACAAUAAUCCUGGACAAAAUUAUAUUAAUUCAACACCUAUGGUCCUUUAUCCCCAAUUAUACAGUACAGUCAAUCAAAAUCAAAUUCAUCUUCAUCUACAUGGUGAUCUCAAUGAUGAUCAAGUCACAAUUGCCAGUGGAAGUCUUACAAUCAAUAGUAAUCGUGUUGAAAUUGGUGUUAUGGGAGAAGAAAAUGAACAAAGAAAUGAUGUUUGGCGACCUUACUAAAAAAAAAAAAAAAAAUAUUCUCUAAUUCGAAUUAUCUUUCUUUGUAGCAAGACACUCAUCUUCUUCAAGGAGGGGGAAUAAAAAAUAGUUCAAAAUCCAAUAUAUAUAGAACCAAUUUUUUUUUUGUGAAAACGACUAUUUGAGUGAACCAGUGAUAAAAAAAAGAACCAAAUUAGUGUGAUAUAAAUUUUUUUUUGUAAAUUAUAAAAAAUUAUUGCUCUGGAAAAAUUAUUCUGAAAAAAAGUGAAUUUUUAAAAUCAAUGCGAGUUGAGGGACACUAUUGUGCGAGUGAAAAUGAAAAAAAAAAGCUUUUAAUGUAAACUACAUUAUAUAUACACAAAAUGAGAUGGGACUUUGUAAAAAUACAAUUUUUAGACUCAUCUUCUCAAUGGGAAAAAGAAACGAUAUAUAUAUUGUUGUACAUAUGCAUAGAUAUUUUCCAUGAAAUAAAAAUCUUGCCGAAUUCGUUAA